GCGGAUGUCGUCUGAGGAAAUCGAGCUUAUUGAAAGCAGGUUCCGUACGGAGGAGUGGUGUCGGCAGCAUGUCCCUCGAGGGAUCCGGUUAUUCCAUCGGAACGCUGAUGUCGAACGGUAUAACUCUGUGGCGUUGAUGGAUCGAGAGGCUGUCGAAUGUACUGCAGAUGACCUAUACUCUGGUUAUAAGGACAAUUCCCAGCUGGCCAGUGCUCGCACAAAGGUGCAUAAGAUGAGUGUAGUAGAGACUGGUGGCUUACCGUAUCUGUUGCGUCUUGUUCUUGGUACACCUUAUAUGCUGACCACCAACGUGGAUGUCGAAGAUGGCAUCGUGAACGGAGCGAUCGGAGAGCUCAUGCAUGUUGAGUACAACGAAGGAAACUCGCAGCAACAGGCAAUCACGAGGCUUUGGAUGGCAUUCGAAAAUGAGUCCAUUGGGAAGAUGUUGAGAGUGAAGGCCAGACCGCUGGUGUAUUCGAGACCUGGGGUGCUACAAACAGGCUGGACUCCAAUCGUCAAACGAUCGGCGAACGUAACCCUUAACGGUGGUGUUAAGUGCAAAAGAGUUCAGUUUCCCGUUGUAAGUGCGUGUGCCCUCACAGUCCAUAAGUCCCAGGGAGGCACAUUCUCGGAAGUCGUAUAUAAUUACGAUAAGGGUCAGGAACAGCAGCUAGUUUACGUUGGUCUUUCCAGGGUUACAUCAAUCGACGGAUUGUAUCUGACGAAUGCCAGUAACUCAUUCCGGUUCCACCACGGAAAGGGUUCUAUGACCCCUAGAAUGAACGACCUUCGGACGGAACUUGAACGUUUGAGUAACCAUCGUAUGCGCACCAUUACAGACGAUAUCAUGGAAGCUAUAACCGCAAACAAGUUGGCUUGUACGUUGAUGAGCAUCAAUGUACAAAGUUUGAAUGCACACUCGUCGGACAUUGCAACAGAUCGGGUGCUUACCGCCGUUGAUUUGCUUGCAAUGAGCGAAACUUGGCUUGACAACGGCACAACCACAAACAUCAAUGGAUACCUUUGUGUUUGUCAAGAGAAGCGUGACGGAACAAGAGCGGGAGGAGUGGCAAUAUUUGAACGUGCUGGUUCGUCGACUAUGGCCGUUUCUCACGCCAUUACGAAGCUCAAUGAAAGCUAUGACCCAGCAUUGAGUGUAGCAGACGAAUAUGGGGACUGCUGUGCUGCAGAGGUUUCAAUCAUGGAAACCCGCACGUUACUGUUUGCGGUAUAUAUUUCACCAGGUACCACCCUGAAGCAAAAGAAAUAUUUCUUAGUGCGCAACCUCAUAAAGUACACCCAUGUUGCCAUGCCCGUGGUAGUGUCGGGAGACUUUAAUAUUGAUGUGACGAAAGAGGAGAACAGAGAUUUCAUCUGGUUCAUGAAGCAGUUUCUCUAUCUGGAUUGUGCUUCGGAUCCAACUAUAGCGACUACUCUGGGUGGCACAUGUCUCGAUCUAACGUUCACCCGGAACGUAAGUGUGGAAUGCAGAAGAUACUGCACGUACUUCUCCUACCACCGGCCUAUUUUGUCGAUUCUUGCGGUGUCCCGAGAACCGAUGCCAUCCCAGUGAAGUGAAUUAACGUCACUGAUCGUCGUUGGUCCGCUAGUUCAUCUGCCAAAACGUUCGAUUCCAACCAGAAUGACCAAUCAUUGACAUCAGCCGGACAGUCCGUAGCAAAAAUAGAUAAUUGAUCCUGAAAAUGAAACUUGAGUAUUUGAUUCAGCCCAACAGUGGAUUGAUGCAUCCUUUAACAUUCAUCGGGACCACGGCGUACAUCACUUCAAAAGGCUUCAAGCCAACAUAAACAAACGGCCCUUUUCAGGGCCACCAAAUAUUCAUGGAGGAAGAUGUUGUUGAGGCUGUUGUUUACCGAUCUUCUGUUUCUUUAAUACUCUGCUUAUAGUUAUAAACCGAAAUGAGUUUAUAGUAACAAUCGGGUUUUCGCCCAUUUAUUUCCAGGAUAUGCGACAUGUCGAGGAUAUUCCAACCCAGAUUGAAUAUACAGCCCCAUCUUCAAAAAUCAGCACCAAGAAACAUAUUUAGAGUUU